AUGGAGUUGUCAAACUAUCCUCUUUAUUGUCAUUGGGGAGGGAAAAUUUUGCAAAGUAGCGGUGUUGUUACAUAUAAAGGAGGAGGGCGAAAAUUUGGGUUUGUCAAUUCUCAAAUGAGUUAUGAUGAGGGUUUGAGUAAGGUUUAUGAUCUUAUGAUAUGUGACUCGAGAUAUGUGGAGUUGAAGCUACUAAUGAGUGAACACAUUUCAGAGCUCACUUCUCCAACUCAAACACCACAUGUAGAAGCUACAAAUGUGGUUGGGGUGGAUAGUGAUGUUGAUGAAGAUGAAGAUACUGAAAACGCUAAUGACAAAGCUAUAAGAGAAAGCGCUUCAUCACAAGUUUUCAACAAUGUUGCAGAGUUGGAUCCUAUGUUGCUUGAUUCUUGUAGGACUUGGUCCAACAACGACUUUUUCGAUGGUGAAUUUGCUAUUGGGCAAGAGUUUGAUUCGCUGGAGAAACUGAAAGACAUACUCAAAGCUUAUUCCAUAGCUACAAAUCAUUCAUUUAAGGUGUUGGAGGGUGAGCCCACAAAAUACAUAGUUAAGUGGAAAAGAAAGAGUUCAUCUAAAUGCUCAUGGAGGUUACGUGCAAUCAAGCAUCCUUGUCUUGUGUCAUUCAGAAUCGUGAGGUAUAAUGGGCCUCAUGCAAGUAAUUGUCUGGGUGACAUAAACUCAACCGAUCAUCAUCUACUCUCCUCUGAUUUUGUAUGCAAUGUGAUGAGAGAUCUUAUUAGUGCCGAUCCUUCUUUGAAAAUCCGUGUUAUUGUACAAGCGGUGAAAGACAAGUUUCAGUAUACCAUCACUUAUAAGAGAGCUUGGUCAACGAAACAAAUGGCUAUUGCAAGUAUUUUUUGUGAUUGGGAGAAAUCUUACAAAGAGUUGUCUAAUUACAUGCAAGCAUUGAAAGAGUCUAAUCCAGGAACCGUCGUGGAACCUUGUACGUUGCCUUCUAAAAAUCCUUCCUUUCACAUUUUUUUGAUAGUGUUUUGGGCAUUCAAGCCUUCCAUCGAUGGUUUUAAGCAUUGUCGACCCCUAAUCACCAUAGAUGGAAUUCAUCUAUAUGGUAAAUACAAGGGCACGUUACUCAUAGCUAUGAGUAUAAAUGCGAAUUUUCAAUUGUUCCCUCUCGCUGUUGCUAUUGUUGAAAAUGAAAAUGGUGAAAGUUGGAAAUGGUUCAUGAAAUGCAUUCGGCAUUUAGUUACUCCAGAGAGAAGGCUGGCAGGGUUCUACGGUGUACAUAGAUUGGUUGGUGGUGGAUUAGAGUUAGAUAAGUAUUUGAUCACUGCAUUGAUCGAGAGAUGGAGACAGGAGACACACUUUUCAUUUGGUGGUGAGGCUAAUGUUACUCUACAGGAGGUAGAUGUUUUGUUGGGGCUCAAAGUGGGAUGUGGGGCAGAUUUAGUCGAGGAGUUGUUAGGGAUACGACUAGAGCCUGUUGAUGAUGCAAAACUUGUUCUCCAGGGCUCAUCACUGAAGAUGACUUAG